AUGUCUGGCAUGGUGGCAGCAGAUUUUCCUUCCAGCGAGAGGCCGUCGCGUCGCUCAACCUCCAGCGUCUUGCGUGCUCAGAUACAGAGCAUCCUCUCCCAGCUACUGAAGGCGCAUCUGACCAAGCUGGCGGGCAUGCAGCGGGAGUACGCGGCGGCGCUCGGCCGGCGGCGGUCGGCCGAAGCCAAGUCGCGGCGCCGGAGGGGCGCAGACAACUCUGGCGCCGUUAUGUACCUGCCGGUGGGCGGCGGCAGCAGCGGUGCGGGCAAGAAGUGCCCGACGGCCGCCGACGCCGCCGCCUCCAGCAUCUCGCAGAUGGCCUUCCUCUCGCUCAUACUCGCCGUCUUCAACGUGGUCGCCAAUAUCUCCAAUAACAUUAACAACAACAAUAACAACAACAAUAACAACAACGACAACAACGUGAGCAGUUCCAACACCAACCUCAGCUCCAACAACAACAACGCCAACCAGAUCAACGUGCAGCUGCCGCCGCCGAUCGCCGACUCCACCCGGCGCCUGGCCGCCCGCACCGUCCUCGCCGUUCUCCUGAGGACGCUGUCCUCGCGGCGCGGCUCGCUCCUCUGUGCCGUCUCGGACACCCUCUGCGCGCUGGGCGGCGAUGACGUCACGCGACUCAUCAGGCUGACGUGUGCUGCACUGCUCUUGCGCCUGGGCCUGCCGCCGUGCUCUGCUGCGAACAGCUCCAGAGAGCCGCGCACGGCAGCUGGCAUGCCCGAGUCGCCGCCGCCGUCGGUGGUGACCGCAGGCCGCAGACUCUCCGGCUGGGUCACCGGCUCCAGUCCCACGCCACCGAGAGCGACCCACCGGCCGGCGGCGGCGCCCCCGUCUCCAGGGAGUGGUCAGCGGGCACUGCUCGCCACUCGGCUGAGGUCGCAGCUCUUCUCACUGCUGUACCGGCACAUGCCAAGGCGCGGCGCGGUGGCGGCUCGUGCUCACCGCCCCGGCGCCGUCAUGUACCUGCCUGUGGGGCAGCAGGGCCAGGAGGACCCCUGCGCGCCGGCACCCGGCACCAGCCUCGUCGCCGUGGCGCCGCUGGUCCUGCUCAGCCUCGUCGUGUCCGUUUUCGACGCCGUGGCCAACAUUUCCAACAAUAUCAAUAAUAACAACAACAAUAACAACAAUAAUAACAACAACAACUUGAAUAACAACAACGAAAACCUGAAUGCCAAUAUCAACAAUGCCAACCAGAUCAAUAUAAUGAGACAGGCACCAGAAUUCAGCUGGAAAAUGCCUCAGAACUGA